CAGAAAUUAUUAUAAAAACAUGUCCUGGUUUUCACGUCUUGAAGGUCAAUUAAAAGUAGAAGAUGUCCUUCUGUCUAGCGUAGCAGAGAAGUAUGGAACUCCUUGCUAUGUAUAUUCACGUUCAGGCUGUGAGACUGGCUACAAUGAAUACAAGAAAGCUCUAGAGUGGUGUCCAGGAGGUGGAAGGGUUUGCUAUGCAGUCAAGGCUAACAGUAACCUCUCCAUUCUCAGUCUACUAGCGGACCUUGGGUCUGGAUUUGAAAUAGUUUCUGUAGGUGAGUUAGAGCGGGUCCUUGCAGCUGGGGGAGAAGGCCAAAAGGUGGUAUUCUGUGGUGUUUGUAAGGAGGAACAUGAAAUCAGACGUGCAUUAGAGGUGGAGAUUUUUUGCUUUAACGUCGAGUCUGAGAAAGAGCUUGAGCUUAUACAGAAAGUUGCCGAAUCGAUGAAGAAAGUCGCUCCGAUUUCCCUCCGAGUGAAUCCAGACAUUGACCCUCGAACCCACCCUUACAUAUCAACCGGGCUGAAAGAAAAUAAAUUUGGAAUUGAAAGCAAGAAAGCCGUUUUGGUAUAUCAAAAAGCAGCUGCACUACCAAACGUUAAGAUAAUAGGUAUUGCAUGUCAUAUUGGGUCUCAGAUCUUAACAAUGGAACCACUACUUGAAGCAUUUGACUGCAUUAUGGGCCUAGUUCAAGAGUUGAAGGAUCUCGGAAUUACUAUAAAUCAUAUUGAUAUCGGUGGAGGCCUUGGCGUCCAAUACAGCAAUGAUGAAAACCCUCCAUCUCCUUCGGAGUACUUGAGUCGCAUAAAAUCAAAAUUAUUAGAAAAAUCGCGAGACAUUCCUGAUAUUAUCGUACAACCAGGCCGCUCCAUCGUUGCUGAAGCUGGGGUGCUACUUACUCGUGUAAACUUCAUUAAAGAAACAAGCAACAAGUCAUUCGCCGUCAUAGACGCAUCAAUGACUGACUUACUACGACCAUCGCUAUACGGUGCGUAUCAUAAAAUAGAACCAGUUGACUACGACGAGAAUAAAACCGAGAUUGAAUGUGACGUCGUUGGUCCUGUCUGUGAGUCGGGGGAUUUUAUUGGUAAGAAGAGGCGACUUAGGAUCAUCGACGGUGAUUUGAUCGUAGUUUAUGGAGCUGGGGCCUACGGACACUGUAUGAGCUCUAACUAUAAUUCUCGUAACAGACCAGCCGAAGUACUGGUUGAUGGUAAUAAAAUGAAACUUGUGAGACGUAGAGAAACGAUACGAGAUCAGUUGCAGCUGGAACUAACAGAGUUUAAUAGCCAGUAAAAUUGGCUGAAAAGGUUUUGUAUAAUUUUCUUUGUUCGCACCUAAUUUCUAUCAACUUUGUUUGUUUUCUAAAACAACAACAAUUAAUGACAGAGUGCGUAAUGAUAAAAGUAUAUUAAAUAAUAAUAAUAAUAAUAACAAUAAUAAUAAUUUACAUCAAAUUGAGUGUGUGUGUGUAUCUGCUGAUUGGUAGAUUGCGAAAAUAUCAGAAACCGUGUAGCUUCAAGUUAGCCUUGCUUACGAGACCGACCUUCACCAGGAAUUCACAAAUAUUAUUUCGCUG